AUGGGGACACCUACGAAGCGGAGGAAGCUCAAUAAUGAUACAAAGCCCAGUAGUUCUCGAAAUCUCGACUUCUUUUUCGGAAAGCAAAAGAAAGAUGAAGAAGGGCUGUCAUCUCGCCCAGUCGGCAGUCCAAGCCUGAGCAGUCCAGGUAGCGCGGGUCCCUCGGAAUUGACUGAUGAGCAACUGGCUAGAAAAUUACAAGAGGAAUGGAACCGGGAAUCGAUUGGCGCAGGGAAGGUGACCGAGAACCAUCCGGUGAAGAUCGAUGAGGAACUUUCAGAGGCUCCAAUCCCUGCGGUAGCUACUACAAGCCAUACAGACGAAGAGACCUUAAUAAAUAGCAUUCACGACCAGCCAAAUAUAAAAUCAGCCAAGCCGAAUAUCAGUAAAAACACCCUUUCACUACAAUCCGCUGGCACUGCAGAAGAUACCAUUUCAUCGAACAUACCAUUGGAUGAAAGUCCUUUGAGUUUCGAACCUUCGAAAUAUGUGUCUGAUCUGCAAAAACACUGGGCUGCAGAAGGAGGGGAUGCGUCUUAUGCUCUCCUGACAAGAUGUUUUGUACUCGUGAAUAGCACUCAGAGCCGCAUAAAAAUUGUAGAUACUUUAGUAAAUUUACUAAGGAUCAUUAUCGAGGGUGAUCCGAAUGCUCUCCUACCUACUGUCUGGCUGGCAACGAAUGCGAUUUCACCGCCAUACAUAUCCCUUGAACUAGGUUUGGGAGGCUCGGCCAUUUCAAAAGCAUUGAAAAAUGUGUGUGGGUUAGACUCUAGGUCAUUGAAGUCCUUGUACGACAAACAUGGUGAUGCUGGUGAUGUCGCUUUUGAGGCGAAGAAGAGACAAAGUUUUACAUUGAGAAAGCCAAAGCCACUCACAAUAAAAGGAGUCUAUCAAUCCCUAGUCAAAAUAGCCAAGACGCAAGGAACAGGCAGUAGUGAGAUCAAGCAACGAGUCGUUGAUCGCUUGAUGCAGGAUGCCAGAGGAGCAGAAGAGAGUCGAUAUGUUGUUAGAACUUUGUGCCAACAUCUCCGUAUUGGUGCAGUUAAAACUACCAUGUUGAUUGCUUUAUCUCGAGCUUUCCAAUUAUCUAAGCCACCAGGAGCAGAUUUUCCUCUCAAAUCACCACAAGAGCUGGCAAAACUUAAAAAAGAAGGCUUGACUGAGGUGUGGUCCAAGGGCGAGGAAAUCGUGAAGGCAUGCUUUGCAAAGAGACCAAAUUAUAACGACCUGGUACCCGUUCUACUUGAGAUUGGAGUCUGUGAGGAACUAUUAGUUGGAUGCGGACUAGCCUUGCAUAUUCCGUUACGCCCCAUGUUAGGAAGUAUUACUAGGGAUCUUGCAGAAAUGCUUACGAAACUUCAAGGUAGAGAUUUCAGUUGCGAAUAUAAGUAUGACGGACAACGAGCACAAGUCCAUUGCGAUGAGAACGGCAAAGUGUCCAUAUUCUCCAGGCAUCUAGAACUCAUGACUGACAAAUAUCCUGAUCUUGUGGCUUUGAUACCAAAGAUUCGCGGAGAAGGAGUUGAUAGUUUCAUCAUGGAAGGAGAGGUCGUUUCUGUCGAUCGAGAAACUGGUGAUCUGAAACCCUUUCAAUCAUUAGCAAAUCGAGCGAGGAAAGACGUAGCGAUUGGAAGUGUCACUAUUGAUGUGUGCCUGUUCUCCUUCGAUUUGAUGUAUUUGAAUGGCGAAUCGCUUCUGAAUCGAACAUUCCGGGAAAGACGAGAACUGCUUCGGGGUUUGUUCGUCGAGGUACCGAAUCAGUUCACCUGGGUGAAGAGUAUCGACGCUACUUCGCAAGACUCAGAGGUUGUUUUGGAAUUCUUCAAAGGCGCGACAGAGAGAAAGUGCGAAGGAAUCAUGGUGAAAAUUUUAGAUAAUCUACCAAACCCUACUUUGCCUGAGUCAGAGGAAAUAUCAGAUGAACCAGUAUCCUCUUUCCCCCAGACGCCCCAGAAGCAAUCAAAAGAGAGGAAGCCUGCAGAUAAAGAGCCCAAGAAGAAGACUCGAAGAAAAGCUUUAUUAUCUACCUACGAGCCUGACAAACGACUGGAUUCUUGGCUGAAAGUAAAGAAGGACUACAGUGCUUCAUAUGAUACACUCGAUCUGAUACCUGUUGCUGCUUGGCAUGGCCAAGGACGCAAAGCAAAAUUCUGGUCACCAAUCCUCCUCGCGGUUCGCAACGAAGAGACGGGGACUCUGGAAGCCGUGUGUAAGUGUAUCUCGGGAUUUAGUGAUACAUUUUACAAGGCGAACAAAGAAUUUUACGAAGAAGGUGGCGAGCAUGUUCUUGGAGGCAAACCAAAUUACGUCGAUUAUCGAGGAGGGCACCCCGAUGUAUGGUUUGAACCGCAAGAGGUCUGGGAGAUGGCUUUCGCGGAUGUCACGAUUAGUCCAGUUUAUAGAGCGGCAAUUGGUCUUGUGAGCGAUGAAAAGGGAUUGAGUUUGAGAUUUCCUAGAUUUUUGAAAAAGAGAGAGGACAAAUCUAUAGAAGAGGCUAGCACCGGCGAAUUUCUGGCCAACUUGUGGAGGAAGCAGGAACAGAAGGUUGACGGUGGAAAGAAUGAAGUACAGGGAGAAGAUUCGGAGGAAGAUGAGUAA